AACAAUCACUGCACAUCCUAUAAGACCAGACUCUGUUUCAGAGCUCACUUUUAUUUCAUUCCCUCUGUUGGCCAUCAAACAUUGACUUCUACAAAAACAUCAAUAUGAUGACUCAAGUUACUCUUCUGCUCAUCUGCAUGCUUUUCCCCCAAGCAUGGUCUCUGAAUUGUUAUGAGUGUGUGCUAGGAAUAACAAAUUGUCAAGAGAAAUCUUGCCCUGAUAAGUGUCUCACUGCGACCACUUCUGUCUACGUGGACAAUACAAAGAUCUCAGAUGUUAAUAUACAGAGUUGCAGCACAGCAGAUUCGUGUAUAAGCGGAAGUAUGAACCUGGGAAAGAUGAAAGUAACCAACAACGGCAAAUGCUGCAGUACCCCUCUCUGCAACACUGAAAAACUUCCAGCUCUUCAGAGGCAGUCUGUCAAUGGGAGAAUGUGUUACACCUGCGAUGAUAAAGGCUGCUAUGGAACAGUGAACUGUGAAGGAGACGAAGACCGCUGCAUCAGUUUAACAGUUCAACAAGGGAGCAAUGCUUUGUCAAUGAAAGGAUGCGUAUCCAAGAGCUUCUGUGUUGCUUCUGGAUCAGCAAGUACACCAGGAUUGGGUGUAUCAAACAUUCAGUGUUGUGAUGGGAACCUGUGUAAUGGUGCUGAGAGCUACAAAUUGAGUUUCCUCCUGAUGCUUGUUCCUCUGCUCUCUUCCAUUCUCUUCUAAUGAAAUGUACACUGAUGGAAAGCCACAGUUUUUGUAUUGUGUAAUACAACAUGCCAUUUCUUCUCUUGUUUAUAAUGCUGAUUAAUAAUUCUGUUUGCUUGUUUCCCAGUUAACUGUGGUUUCAUAUCCUGUUCAAGAUUGUAAACAUGGCCUUUUAUUCACGUGAUUCAGUGUUUUAUUUAGAGACUGUUUGAUGAAAAUGAUGUUAACAAUGAUUACAAAAAAGUCCAGUAAAAAACUGCUGGAUUUUUCUCAGGCUUAUAUAUUAUUGUUGUUUUUUUUUUAAUCCCAAAGGCUCCUGAAAUGCUUUUUUUAUUACAGUAACCCCCUGUUUACCGCGAUAAA